AGUGUGUAACGCUUAUAGGCUGGAAGGAGGCAGCUGUUGCCAUUAUUUUACCAGCCAGCUCAGAUACAUCAGCGGCUUCACCCUCCUUUAAAAAAAUAAAAAAAAUAAGAAGAAGAUGAGUCUGUUGACACCUUCAUAAACACUCGAAACUGAAAAUAGAUUUAAAAAAAAGUUAAAUCAAUGGUACAGAAAAGUAGUAUGUCCAGGACGCCUUCGACCUCAACCCAGGAGAUCCAAAUGGACAUGUUCGACCAUCAUCCACACACACAGGGGAAGUACGGCAAGAGGAAGAGCCGAUUCAAGCGCUCGGAUGGAAGCACCUCCUCUGACACCACCUCAAACAGCUUUGUCCGACAGGGCUCUGCGGACUCCUACACCAGCCGACCAUCAGACUCAGACGUGUCCCUGGAGGAGGACCCUGAGGCUCUGAGAAAAGAGGCCGACAGACAGGCCCUCGCCACGCUUGAGAAAGCAAAGACCAAACCGGUUGCUUUUGCUGUCCGGACAAAUGUUGGUUACAACCCCGGUCCCAGUGAUGACGUUCCUGUGCAGGGCAUGGCCAUAUCCUUCGAAGCCAAAGACUUCUUGCACAUUAAAGAGAAAUACAACAAUGACUGGUGGAUCGGACGUCUGGUGAAGGAGGGCUGUGAGGUGGGCUUCAUUCCCAGCCCGGUCAAGCUGGAGAACACCCGUCUGCUGCAGGAGCAGAAGAUGAGACAAAACCGACUCAGCUCCAGUAAAUCUGGAGGAAGCUCCAGUCUGGACGUGGCCACGGGAACCCGCAGGCCCACCCCACCUGGCACAGGUGGCCCAGCCAAACAGAAACAGAAGUCGAUGGAGCAUGUUCCCCCCUAUGAUGUGGUUCCCUCCAUGAGACCUAUCAUCCUCGUCGGGCCGUCACUUAAAGGAUAUGAGGUGACAGACAUGAUGCAGAAAGCACUCUUUGACUUUCUGAAACACAAGUUUGAGGGCAGGAUAUCCAUCACACGAGUGACAGCGGACAUCUCCCUGGCCAAACGGUCAGUCCUCAACAACCCCAGCAAACACACCAUCAUUGAGCGCUCGAGUACCCGCUCCAGCCUGGCGGAGGUGCAGAGUGAGAUUGAGCGUAUCUUUGAGCUGGCGCGCACUCUCCAGCUGGUCGCUCUGGAUGCAGACACCAUCAACCACCCCUCUCAGCUGGCUAAGACCUCCCUGGCUCCCAUCAUUGUCUAUAUCAAAAUAGCCUCACCUAAGGUCCUCCAGAGGCUCAUCAAAUCGAGGGGGAAGUCUCAGGCUAAACACCUCAAUGUGCAGAUGGUGGCAGCAGACAAGUUGGCCCAGUGCCCACCUGAAUUGUUUGACAUCAUCCUGGAUGAGAACCAGCUGGAGGACGCCUGCGAACACCUGGCUGACUACCUGGAGGCGUACUGGAAGGCGACACACCCCCCGAGCAGCAAUCCUCCCAACCCUCUGCUCAACCGUACAAUGGCCACGGCAGCACUGGCCGCCUCCCCUGAGCCCGUCUCCAACCUGCAGGGGCCGUACCUGGUGCACGGGGAGCAGAAGCGUGAAGGGCCUCUGACAGAGUGCGGCGGGAGCGGCACCUUGCAUGACUAUCAGACAGACAUGGGAGGAAAACCUCAGCAGCAGCAGCAGCAGCAGCAGCAGCAGCAAGCCUACCUGCGCUCCUCUCGUGGCCAGCUGAGGGGAGGAAGCGGCCGGGGGCUGUCGAGGCAAGACACCUUUGACUCUGAGACCCAGGGCAGCCGGGACUCUGCGUACACCGAGGCUGGCGACUCCUGCAUGGACAUUGAGACCGACCCCUACGAAGAGCCCGAGCCAUACCGAGGCGGUGGGGGCAGCCGCCUCCACCUGGCGCAGCAUCACGGCAGACAGGCAUCCUGGGAAGACGAAGGCGCCGAGCCGGACCAGGAGAACCUCAACCACCCUUCGAUGCCGAGCCAGACGCAGCCGCAUGGACGCGCCAAACUGAGGGAGCGUUACUGCCAGGACCCCGCGGACCCCGUGGACACCGAGGCCAACAUGAGCCGCAACAAGAACCAGGACGACUGGGGGAGGGACGUCUACAUCCGCUGAACACGCAUCUUACCACAGAGAAGCUACUGGACAGACUGAGAGAUGAGGGGAGGGGGCAUUCAGAUUUGGGGUUCAGAGGGAACUGAAGUGUGGGUUUGGGGCCAUGCCAGUCAGGCUAACAAGUGAAUCUGUUUACAUCCCAGUACAAUGUAAAGAAAAACAUCAACUGCCAGAUGACAUUCUUGUCAACUUCUUGCAAUUCAAUUUAUUUAUGUUUAGAAAAAAAUACUUAUUUUUGGUUUCUUUUGUUAAUACUGCAUGAAUAUCAUGGAUUUCUAUACUGACAGCACGAGGACAGUAAUUGUUACGAUUGUGAAUCUCUGAUUGUGAUCUGUACGACUCGAUCGCUCCUUCAGUUGUAGAGCGUGAAGGCCGGUGGAGCUGUAGUCCGUCCUGUCCGUCCUCUGCAGUCUUAAACAGGGUCUAAUGUCACCGUCUCCAUGUACAGUGUCGGGGUUUCUCUUUACCUUAAUCUCACUCAGUGCUCUUGGAUUUCUCCCACACUGAGAUCCAGAAGUUAUGAGUCUCUCGCCUCCACAUUCUUAUCACCCAGACCUUAAAAAAAAAAAGCUGGUGUAGAAGUUGCCAUAUUUUAACACAACAA